AAUGUAUCUUUGUUGUUACAGGAAAGCAAUUUAAGUUUGAAUACAGCUGUGAUGCACAUCUGUUUGAUGAAGAAGACGUUGCUCUUACGCAGUCACUUUCCAAACUUAGCUGCACUGAAAAGUAAGAAAAAACAUGACAGAAAAAGCAAGUGUAGAUGAUUUUCAAGCUUGGGAUUCUCUCAAGAAGAAAAAGAAAAAACACAAGCACAUUAAGAAACAUGAAAGUGAUGAAAGAGAAAGUGUGCAAAAUGAAGAGCAUAGCUGUGAAUCUCUACUCCUUUUUGAAGACCAAACUGGGCAGAACAGUGUAGUUCGUAAAAAGAAAAAGAAGAAGAAAAAGAAAAACGAGGGGGAGGAAGAGCAGCCUUUGUUAGAUAACUUCUGCCCAGGGCUGGAAGAUGGAAUUAGUAACGAAACUGUAAUGGAUGUUUCUCCGAAGAAAAAGAAAAAAAGGAAGCGGAAGCAUGAUGAUGGUGCAGAUGUGUCCAGUGAAAUAAUUUGUGUUGAAGUAAAUCACGAUAAUACUGAGGACUGUCAGGAAAGUGAGACUGAUUAUGUUUAUAUAAAGAAGCCUAAGAAGAAAAGAAAAGAAAAAUCACCAGAAAAGGAUUACCAGGAGGAAGCAACUGAGGUGCCUGUCUCGGAAACAUGUGAUGAAAAUGAUGAUCAAAGGUCAAAAAAGAAGAAAAAGAAGAAGAAGAAGAGAAAACACGAUAUCACCCCAGAAGAAGGCAUAGACUCAGUGGCUAAUGCAUCAAUCUUGUCAUCUUCAGGACUGAAUGCAGAAGAGGAAGACACCGUGCUGGCUUUGCCUACAGCAAACAGUCGUGUGACAAUGGGCCAGCCAUUCCGUGAAGAUGGUGAUCCUAGUGCUUCUCCUGCCUCCAUCGAAGAGCCUAUGGAAGUAGCUGCUGAGCCUGCUGAAGAGGCUGAUCAUUCUCCCAGCAAACCUCAAAGGCAAAUUCGGAAGAUUAAAAGCAGUGCGGUCGUUGAGGAAGACUCUUCAGAUUCUGAGAUAAUGACACCAGAACCUACAAUAUCAAAUAGAGAGGAAGAGCAGAAUAAUUCCUUUACUGAAAAUGCAGCCCCUGGUGAACUAGAUGAUGACGAUGAUGAUGAUGUCCUGGACUCAAGCAUGUUUACAGCCUUGGAUUUGGAUACAGCAAAAGAAGAACUCGAAGAGUUUAUCCCUCACGUGAGGGAAAUGUCAGAUAGUUCCAUCAGAAAGAUGGCUGGAAGAGACCUAACAAGAUUUAAACAUUUUAAAAAGCAAGGUAUUGCUAUCAAGUUUGGCAGAUUUUCACAGAAGGAAAAUGAUCAAAUCAAGAAAAAUAUUAAGGAGUUCUUAUCACUUACUGGAAUAGAGAAUGCUGAAAAACUCCUGUUUACCUCUAGGUAUCCAGAAGAAAAAGAAACUAUCAAUCGCCUAAAAGCAGAGUUUCUUUUCUGUGGGAAAAUUGCUGAGGGCAUUCCACGACCCUGGAGACUUAUAUAUUAUCGAGCAAGGAAGAUAUUUGACCCAAAUAAUUACAAAGGGAGGUAUACUAAGGAGGAAAAAGAAAAAUUAAAGAAGUACUAUGCUAUCCACGGCAAUGACUGGAAGAAGAUUUCUGAGAUGAUGUCCCGUUCAAACCUCUCAGUUGCUAUGAAAUACUCCGAAAUCAAAUCGGCUAUUAAUUACGGCCCUUGGACUAAGGAAGAAACACAGAAGUUAAUGCACGCAGUAGAGGACGUGAUUAGGAAAAGAUCAAAAUUGGAAGCUGAGAAAUCCUCAUCAGAAAAGUCACGUAGAAAUCUCUCAAUUGACCGUGAAAAGCUCUACCAGAAAUUACCAUGGACUGAGAUUGAAACUAAAGUGGGAACUAGAUACUGGAGGCAAUGUAAACAGAAGUGGAAUUCAAUUUUAACAAGCAAGAUGACCAAAGGGCAGCAGUUAUACAAGGGGACCAAAGGAUUACAGGCCAAAAUCAAUCUUAUUAAAAGGUUGUAUGAAAUGAAAGUGGAGGAUGCUAAUGAAGUCAACUGGGAAGAGCUCAGUAAUGCUAUUGGAGAUGUCCCUAGAGCCUAUGUUCAAGCCAAAUUUUACAAACUCAAGGUCUCCUGUGUCCCUCUUUGGCAAAGAAAGACUUUUCCUGAAAUUAUUGAUUAUCUUUAUGAAGAGAAACUUCCAGAACUUGAGGAAAAAUUGCAAAAAAAGAAGAAACACCUUGAUUUCGACAGUCCAUCAACUAGUCAACAGAAAAAGGUUUUCCAGCUGAGUGAAAUUUUUGACUCCAGUGAAGACAGUGAUAAUUGAUGGCCUUAACAACUCCUAGAUUAUAUAUCCAAGAUGCC